UGUGCUUGCCCCUAUUAAAACCAACGAAUGAGAAAGACAAAGGUCAAGCAUCAAUGAAUUAAUGCGUGUCAAUGGCUGCAUGCAGUGGUGAAAUUUGAGGAACCCUAGAAGUUAACGAGAAGAGUGAGAAAGAGGGGAAACGAUAGUCCCUGCCCUCACCGCCACAGUCCUGCGGCUGACUACUCUCACUUGGAGAGAGCAGCUUGUCAGUGGGAGGUAACCCUACAGGAUGCCCCCCUCGUGCACUUAUCAAUUCAGUGUCCAUCCGUGCUGCUGCGCCGUGCGUUUUAUGUGGGGACGUAAAUGCCUAGCGCACUGAGGUACUGUAAAGCGCACUGGUGGAUGCAGCCUGCGUGCGCGUUUUGGAACGGGGUAAUUUGUAGAUCACUGAAGCAGCUUAAAACCCACUGCAGUAGGCAGAGAAGAAGACGGUGCGUGAACGUGCAGCGCUGUGGAUAAUAAGCCCUUUGUAAUUCCUUACCCUCGUGUGUGUCACAUCAAUGGAUAGGCGAGGCAUGCAUUGCCGAAAUGCAUAGAUGGAAGUGAUGACUGCCUCCGGUGAACUAUAACUCCCGUCCUGACAGGGUGAAUGAAGGCUCGGCGCGGACAUGGAAGCAUUGGUGGACAACUAAGACUCCUCACUCUUGAAGCUGCUAUACCUGAAUUUCUGAUGUGAGUUGAAAGGCUUCCUGAGGAUACCUGCUGGAUUUUUUUGCAUCCCAGAUUAACGCAUCAUUCGUCUCGAAAAUGGAGAACGGAGCAACCCUGAAGAGACGAGAGAGAUAUAAUGUAUUCUCGAUAACUUUAUCAAUUCUGCAAUACACAGGAUUCCAAUUUACGCACUGAACUGCGUGUCUUCUUUCAUCGACAUAACCAGGAGGGAAAAUAGAAAUAAGCGUCUUGAAGUCCGCACUGGGUUGUGAGGUGAAAUCUAAUCAGAUUCAUCAGGCUUGAUGACUGUAAUAGGGACUUGAAGAAAAGUUAGGUUUGAAAACGACAUUGAGCGGGACGUUUAAAAUAAGACCACCUCUGCCCCUCUGUGUAUGGAUGAUGGGCUGUCAUGCCGUCUAAUGACUGGCUUUUUUCAGGAUUUAUCCAUCUGGGAAUUGACCACAUGAGGUUCUCCGUGCUCUAGCCUACAUGUUGUGGAGAGGUGUACUUUUUUAACAUUUAGUUUAGAUCUGAGAGAAAAUAAAAACAACGUGACUUCAAUUUUACCUAACAGAUCAUUUGGAGCAAACCUGGGAUCACAGUGGGUAUCGCUUUAACAUCGGGAGAGUAGUUCCAACAAUGGCACUUGUCUCCGCGCUGUGUGCGUCCUGAACAAAAAAGAGGAAAUAUCGGAUGCAUUAUCAUCACUGUGAGAGUUAAUAGCAUGUCAAUUCAGACUGAUGUGUGGAUUACAUACCACGUCGUUUUGAGAGUGGGAGCACAAUGUGUCUGACGAGAAAACAUCACCACGGAUUCGACCAGAUCGCCUGACAAUUGCGGAUGUUUUUUCGAUGCAGUUUUUGGGAAGACAGCAGGAGAGGGACCGUUUUCCUUCAAAAGCAGAGACCCUGCGGACCUCGGCGUCUUCGUGAACAAAGACAGCUUUAUGGUGGAUUGGAAGUUAACAUGAGGAUGACCAGAACCCCUUGGAACGGUGAUUGAAUUGGCAGUGAGCCCAAAUCCUCAUUCCAAAGAGUGGAAGACCAGUCAAUAAAUUAUGAAUGUUAAACAAGAUGACCUCUCAGCAGCAGCAGAUGAUGCGAGGUCCUAGGUGGAACCGGGCCUUGUCCGACCCUUUGUUUGUGGUGCUUCUGGCCCUGCAACUGCUGGUGGUGGCAGGGCUGGUGCGUGCGCAGACAUGCCCCUCUGUCUGCUCCUGCAGUAACCAGUUCAGCAAAGUCAUCUGCACACGACGAGGUUUGCGGGAAGUCCCUGAUGGCAUCUCUACCAACACACGCUACCUGAAUCUGCAAGAAAAUCUCAUUCAGGUCAUAAAGGUGGACAGCUUCAAGCACCUAAGACAUCUGGAGAUCCUGCAGCUGAGCAAAAACCACAUACGCAAAAUUGAGCUGGGGGCAUUCAAUGGACUGGCCAGCCUCAAUACAUUGGAGCUUUUUGACAACCGCCUCACUACUAUCCCAAACGGGGCAUUUGAGUACUUGUCCAAACUAAAGGAGCUUUGGCUGAGGAAUAACCCCAUCGAGAGCAUUCCCUCCUAUGCUUUCAACAGAGUGCCCUCUUUAAGGCGUUUGGAUCUUGGGGAGCUCAAACGGCUGUCCUACAUAUCUGAGGGGGCCUUUGAAGGGUUGAGCAAUCUGCGCUACUUAAAUCUGGGAAUGUGCAAUCUGAAGGAAAUUCCCAACCUUAUUCCCUUGGUGAAGCUGGAUGAACUGGAGAUGUCGGGGAACCAGCUUACCGUCAUCCAGCCUGGCUCUUUUAAAGGCCUCAUCCAUUUGCAGAAGUUAUGGAUGAUGCAUGCCCAGAUCCAGAUCAUAGAAAGGAACUCUUUUGAUGACCUGCAGUCACUAGUGGAGCUCAAUCUAGCCCAUAACAACCUUACCCUCUUGCCCCAUGAUCUCUUCACUCCUUUACAUCACCUGGAGAGGGUGCACCUGCACCACAACCCAUGGAAUUGUAACUGUGACAUCCUCUGGCUAAGCUGGUGGCUUAAGGAGAUGGUGCCAGCAAACACCAGCUGCUGUGCCCGCUGCAGCUCACCAACCCAGCAUAAGGGACGAUACAUUGGCGAGUUGGACCAGAACUACUUUCAUUGUUAUGCUCCUGUUAUUGUGGAGCCUCCCACGGACCUUAAUGUGACAGAGGGAAGCGCUGCAGAGUUGAAAUGUAGAGCCAGUUCUUUGACCUCUGUAAGCUGGAUUACACCCAAUGGUUCCAUCAUGACACAUGGUGCUUACAAGAUCAGAAUCUCCGUGCUGAAUGACGGCACUCUGAACUUCACCAAUGUUACCAUGCAAGACACAGGCACGUACACAUGUAUGGUCAGUAAUUCAGCAGGUAACACAACAGCAUCUGCCACACUCAAUGUGUCCUCUACAGAGAACAGUAGCUUCAGCUACUUCACCACAGUGACAGUGGAGACCAUAGAAACGCCACAUAAUGAAGGCUUCACCACUGCUGUGCAGCAGAAGGUGGGGCCCACACCCUCUGCUGGUACAUGGGAGUCUGUUUCACCCACCUCUACAACUACCACUACAGUCCGGACCGCGCUCUCCACCCGCGCCACAGAGAAGACUUACACAAUCCCCGUCACAGAGCUGGGUGGGGAGGGCUCGCUGAAUGGCUUGGAUGAGGUGAUGAAGACCACCAAGAUCAUCAUUGGCUGCUUUGUUGCGAUCACACUGAUGGCAGCAGUCAUGCUAAUCAUCUUCUACAAGAUGCGCAAACAGCACCACCAGCAAAACCACCACGCACCCACACGCACCAUUGAGAUCAUCAAUGUGGACGAGGACUGUGUAGCGGGAGGCCCGGGCAUGGAGGGCCAUCUGACCCUGCCUCCUCUUGAGCACGAGCACCUCAACCACUAUAACACCUAUAAGACUGCUUACAACCACGCCUCCACGAUCAACUCCAUACACAGCUCAGCGCACGAACCUUUGUUAAUCCGCGCCAGCUCAAAAGACAAUGUACAAGAGACCCAAAUCUAAUACUUUUUUUUCAAAAUGAGACAUUAUAAAACUGAUGGAAUUACAUGAAGAUAUUACUGACAGUACAUAACUGACAAUUGGUUGUGAGAACUAUGGCUCAAACAUGGAAGAACAGACUUUGUGUGUUUGGCAAAUCAGUGGCUGGUGAUGUUUAUUCAAUGACUUUGGGAAUUAGGGUAUGCCUACUGUUUCAAAAAGUGUCUUUACAAAACAGAAGUUAUUUAUUUAAGAAAAAAACUAUUGUGGUUAAACCAAGAAAAAACUGUAUUCUGCAAUUAUUUUUUCAGCACUUGAUUCAUGUUUUUUUUCACCUUCCUCUCAUUUCAUGGGAUUGGUUUACUAAUAUGCUUUCAAACUCUGUUUGAAGAAAUCUGUUGAAGAAAAACUCCUGAAGCAAAAUUUUUGUUCUUAUUUGGUAAACUGCAGUCUUUGGAUCUGAUAAGAUAGUAACCUCAUUUACCCCAUGUAUCAAAGGAAUCUAGUGCAAAUAAGUAAUUUUCUCCAGCUGUAGAUUAAGUGAUGAAAUAUUUUGUGACCAUCUGUAAUUGAGAUGAAUUGAACACUUGUUAGAGUGAGUGACAGAACUGUCUGACAACAUUUAAUCAUAAUUCACUGUUUGAUCAUGUCUGUCACAUACGUGUUACGCACUCUCUGCUCUGUCACCAAUAGACGAGGGAACUAUUUCCUGCGUUCUGCUGUUGUAAAAGUCGAGGCUCUCUAUUAAAAGUGCAUUUUAGUUCAAUUAAAUUCUAUUAACCAUUAACAAAAACUAGAUUUGUUUUUGUGUUCCUCAUGUUAUGCAAAAUCUUAUCCCUAAUCUCCACUUGUUUCGACUCAAGUUCCAAUUUCUCCGAGACGUCUUCUGAUUAUUAUUAUAGAGAACAUGUAUUAAUUGAAUUGAAACCAAUUUACAUUAGGAGGGUUGUGACACAGGAGUAGCAUUAAUGGCUACUUUAGAUUCUACAUAAUUGUGAAGAAUCUAGAAUCUCUUAAAUUCUGGAAAAAGUCCAUUGCUUUCAAAUCUUUCCAAUGAAUCAUGGCCUUGCCUUUACCUUACAGGGCUAUAGAAUGAGGCAUGUGAAGAUGAUUGCUUUGAAGCUACCUUUUUCAUGCAGGGACCCCUUACCUCAUCUGCAAUAUAGAAGGACUGAGUGCUGUCAGAAGCAAACUGAUGAGCUGAAGAAAGAGCUUAACCUCUUUAUACAGCUGUAUGAGCACAUUGGCUGUCAUCUGUGUGCCUCGUUUGUACAUGGGCAAUGUCUGGCAGCCCCAGAUUCACACCCUGCCCUUGCCAACCAAAGUACUUGGCCAUGAGCGGCAGGGUUUAUACUGCUAGAGGCUUCAGGGUUGAAUGUGUGGGAUAGGGCAUCAACCAGAUGUUUGGGUUGCACCUGCCUUUCACCCUAUCCCUUUGCGUCAACGCAAUUUCCAUUUUAAUUGAUGUGCCCAUGAGCUUUGGAUGAACACAGCACUGCAGGCCCCCAUACCCGGGAAACCAUUUCAAAGUCCCCACUGUGACAAACGGUGGCAGGCACCAUCAGUGCAGGGGUUAGGUAGACAUUUGUCAGAUCACACCCUUAGGGAUAUGCCCCAGGUUUAUUUUUUAGUAAAUAAAGGAAUUUUAUUGUCCCACAACACUAAUAUAUAUUUAAAAAAGUUAGGCCACUGACAUACUUAGUUUGCAUUAUAUCAUUGUGUUUCAAUUAGGAAAUACAUAGAGUAGAAUGACUCAUAAAAACUCAUGUUAGAGGUAUUGGCAUUCACCUUCUGUGGAGUCACCAUGCUCUCCGUUAACCUUAAAGCUGGAGGUGGUCCUCUACCUAAAAUUCACAGUAUGUUGUGAGUUUCACAACACACACGUAUGUUCUGUAGGCUUGAAAGUUGUCGGCCUGGAUUAUAGGUGGUUACAGUGAAUUUCAGUGGUUGCAAUGGUGGUUUUCACAGGUGCACACUUCUCAAAUUAGCCCUGUUACAUAAUCAGCACCUCUGCUGUCCAUCUGCAUGCUCAGUUUGUUAUCAGCAGUCACAGUUCACCAUUUGGUUUAAACACAACACUGUCAGGCUUACAAGCUGUAUUGUUUGUAGAUCCAUGCAUGUUACGGCACCGACCUCUAGCCCUUCUAUUGUUCCAAACCACCCGGAACUAAACUGCCUAGCCUUACUCUCAACCUCCUUAAACAAAGCAGAGUACAGCUGAAUAUAAGUUUGACAAGAGUUCACUAUCCCACAUUGGAGAAUAAUGACAAACAAACAAAAUGGCAUAGUUAGAAACCUUUUACAGCUACCUUUAAAGCUUACAUGGGUUUAGUGGAUGAGUGCUUUCCACUCAAAAGACAGUUUGUUUAACCUAAAAGACUAAAAAAGUCUACUUCCCAUGUUUUAAUGCAUCAACAAUUUUCAAACAGGGAUAAUAAGUAAGAUGCAGCAGCUGUCGCGUGAUCUCAUGACUACAAUACUUUAUAAAAAAGGAAAUUUACUUAAACAAUACGAUAAUAAUCUAAACCCCUAUUUCCACAAGAACCGCUUGUGAUAUGUAAUACAACAUUUGCCUAGAUUAUAUUUUUUAAUAAUCCAUGUCUGUAUGUAAUCUGGUAGUAAAGUGAAAACUCAAAUUGCCCUUCAUAUUUUACAGACCAUUUUAUAAUAUUUGUGUUCCUGUAGGUAAAAAUGACUUAAUUGGAGCUUUGAUACCAUUUGUUGUACAAAUGCAGGAAGUAAUUGUCCACUAUCCACUCAGUAUGGAGACCCACUUUACUGAAAAAUGUCAAGAUAAUUUGAUAAUUAAGAUAAUUCUGGAGCUUUGUUCAAUAAAUUGAUUUAUUCACUUUGAAUGUGCUGCACACAACACAGAUGUAGGGGAAGGGGGCGGGGGGUAGAUUCCUAAAUAACACAAGCCCCCCAGAUAAUUUGAGUCCAGAAGGAAUGAGAUAAUUGAUUACCCCUUAUCAUGUGUACUAUUUAUCCCAUAAUUGCACUUCUGUGGAGUUUGGCACAUUUCUAAACAAUAGAAUGACAUGGGUGUGUGUCAUUUAGUUUGUGUUUGAGUUCUUAGUGGUGGGAUGCAGAUCACAAUUCCACUUAGUUUAUGUAAGAGUUUAACCAUCCUCUCUUUUUGCCUUUGGUUAGAGGUAAAUCGUCUGAAAAUUGAAAUGGUAAAUUUGUUGCAUUUUAGUCAAGCUGUCUCAUGUAUGUAUGGUAUCUAAAUAUUUUUGGUCAAUAUUGUUUUCUUCAUAUUGUUUUCUUUUUACUGAGGGGGAAUGCUGUUCUAGUGGUAGAUUUAUAUAAAAUACAUUUUGAGAAUAAAACAAAAUAAAAAACCUUUUCUUUUUUUUUUAAUUUUUAUUUAACAUCCUGUUCUAAAAGUGAAAAAGAGAAACAUGCUGUAAAAGAAUAAGAGAUUGAUUUUCAUGUAAGCAUUCUUUCAUGACCUUUAAAAGAUAUGGAGAUCGAUUAUAGAAACCAGAGUUUGUAGUUCAUACACAAAAUAUGGUUAAAAUAAACUAUUGUUGUUUUU